AUGAAACUGUUCGACGCGCACUGUCACCUUCAAGACCCGAGGAUUGUCGGCAAAGCUCCUCAGCUCAUCUCCUCCGCCGUAGCUUCUGGCGUCUCUUUCUUCGCCGUCAAUGGAGUCUCCGAGAAAGAUUGGAACUUGGUCAAAGAGAUGGGAGUGAGAUACCCUUCUGUUGUUCCCUGCUUUGGGAUCCAUCCAUGGUAUGUAGCAGAGAGGAGUCCUCAAUGGUUUGAGACAUUGAAGAGUCUCUUUGAGACCACUCCUACUGCUGCUGUUGGAGAAAUUGGUUUGGACAAAGGGUCUAAGGGGAAGGAGAUUGAUUUCUCAGACCAGGUUGGAGUGUUUCGUCAGCAGCUCGAACUUGCAAAGGAAUUGAAGAAACCUGCGUCUGUGCACUGUGUUCGUGCAUUCGGGGAUCUACUCGAGAUAACAAAAUCUGUGGGGCCAUUUCCUUGUGGAGUCAUCCUUCACUCGUAUUUGGGAUCUGCUGAGAUGGUUCCUGAAUUUGCCAAGCUCGGUGCGUAUUUCUCCUUGUCUGGUUUUCUGAUGUCCAUGAGUGAGAAGAAAGCCAAGAAGAUGUUGAAAGCUGUUCCAUCUGACAGGAUCUUAUUGGAAACGGAUUCACCGGAUGCACUACCGAAGGUUGAGUCAGGUUGUCUCUACUUUGUAGAAGGAGAUCCUUCUCUACAAGAAGAAGGAGAUUCAGCUCAGGAUCUUGAUUCUGUUUCAAAAGAUAAGUCUAAUGCGUCGUCUAAUGACUCUGUGAAGUUGCAAAAGGGAACACUUAAUCAUCCGGCUAAUAUUCAUACCGUGCUCGGAUAUGUAGCGAGGUUGUUGGACAUGAAGAACGAGGAACUCGCGGAGCUAAGCUAUAGGAAUGCUGUUCGGUUGUUCUCUUAUGAAGGUUCCAAAUUGCUUCUUGAGAGAGGUGAUGGUGGUGAUGUCUCUGGUCAACACUCAAAACCAUUCAACAACACAUCAUCAAACUCUCCAGAUCUUCAUAUCUACGUGAAGGGUCAUCCAUUUCAACUCCAUCAAGAUGUUUUAGCCAAGAGAUCAGCGAGAGUGAGCUUACUAGUGGAGCGCAACGAGAUCGAUAAGCUGAGCUGGAUCCUACAAGACUUAGAAACCGAUCCAGAAACCUUCGAGCUCGUUGCUAGGUUCUGUUACGGCGACGAAAUCAAGUUUUCGUCUGAUAACAUCGUCGCUGUUCUCUGCAUGGCGUAUCACUUAAUGAUGGGCGAAGAACACAGCUCUGAUAACUUGUUAGGCAAGGCAUCUGAGUUCUUAGAGACACGAGUUUUCCCUUGCUGGAACGAGACUGUAAACGCUCUCCGUUCAGGCGUCAAGAGUCUCGACAAGCUAGACGAUGUUGAACUCGUCGAUCUCUUCUUCGAUUCUUUGAUCGAAACAGCUUCCAAAGAUCCAAGACUCCUAGGCGAACCGAUCAAGAACAGAGAGGAAACAUAUGAUGAUUAUAGACCUAACCCUAGGAGACGUUUGUUCGUUAUCAACUGGAAGUCAGAGGAUUUGAUCACACUCCCGCUUCGUUUAUACGAGCCUCUGAUGUUCCGCGCGAUGAAAUCUCGCAGCAUUCCUGUCGAAUACAUCGUUACAUCGGUCUGCAAAUACGCGAAGAAAUGGGUUUUCGACGCUACAGAGGAAAACAGAGAAGCGGUUGAGGCGGUUGAGAGGCUUUUGCCUCAUCAGAGAGGGCUAAUCUCUUGCGAGUUCUUGUUCGAGUCGCUAAAACAUUCGAUAUGGUUAGAAGCUAGCUCCGAAUGUCGAGACGGAAUCGAGAUCAGGAUCGGGAAACAGCUCGACAUGGCUAAACCAACGGAUCUCAAGAUCCUAACGCGAGGCUACGGAGAGAAAGCAGAGUGUUUCGAAGACGUGGAGCUCGUUAAAACCGUUGUCAGGAGGUUUUACAGUAACUACACUGACGAAGACUCUGAUGUAUUCCCCUAUUUCGUGAAAGUAGCGAAGCUUUUGGAAGAUUUCUUGCUCUUGGCUGCGAGUGAGGCUUCUCUGAAGCUCGAGGCGUUUCUGUCGUUGGCGGAGCUCACAGUGACUGUUUCGAAGGGUGUUUUGAGUUGUUCAGAUGGGAUUUACAGAGCCAUUGAUGUGUUCUUGGAGAGUCAUAGGUACUUGACUGAAACUGAGAAGAUGGAAGCUUGUAAAGUUCUUGACUGCAAGAAGCUCUCUCAAGAAGGAUGCGAGCAAGCCGCGAGAAACCAGAGGCUUCCGCUUAGGGUUGUUGUUCAGGUUUUGUUUGCUUCUCAGCUUCAGAUACGUGAGACAGUGACGAAAGAGAUUAAGGGUAUGGAAGAGAAAGUAGUGGACGAAGAAGAGGAGGAAAUUGGGGUUUUGAGCGAUGAGGAUGAGAUGGAGGAGAUGAGUAAUAAGCUGUUAGGGCUUGAGAUUGAGAAUCAUGAAUGUGUGGUUCAUCGUUGGAAGAAGGCAAAGACAAAGAAGAAGAUAAGUGUGUGGAGAGAAGUGAAGAGGAAGUUUGGUUGCUUGACUUCUCCUUCUUCUUCAGUUGAUGCUUGCACCUGUGAUGUCAAUAUGAAGAAUAAGAAGAAGAAGAUUCAUCAUCACUACAAAUAA